AUGUCACAAUCUGUCAUUUCUGCAUCUGCGCAAGGAGCGACGUUUCUCAUUCUGCUCCAAGUCGGCUCACGAGCCCUCACAUUCGCUGUCAAUCAGAUACUUUUGCGCUUCUUAUCGCCCGAGUUGCUCGGUGCCUCCGCCCAGCUCGAGCUAUUCUCCAUCUCGGUGCUGUACUUUGCGCGCGAAAGCCUGCGCGUUGCGGUGCAGCGGCAGACCCAUGGCACCCAGGCGGUGGUCAACCUCUCUUACCUUGCGGUCUUCUUCGGCAUACCACUCAUUUACGGACUCGCACUUCUAUGGCUAUCUUCAGAAAUACCCAACGUGCCACAUUUCGUGGAUGCAUUGAGCGUGUAUUGCUUGGCUACGUUCAUUGAGCUUCUUACCGAGCCUGCCUUCUCAGCCGUACAGCAGAAGCUGCUGUACAGAAUACGAGCUUCAGCUGAGAGUACGGCAACAGUCCUGCGAUGUUUCGGAACGUGCGGGGCUGCCAUUCUGGCCAGCAGGUACGGCGUGAACAUUGGGGUUCUCCCAUUUGCAAUCGGACAGCUGGGCUACGCCGUGGCCUUGUUAGCUAUCUACACGUACAAAAUGUGGCCUGUAGCACAGGAGGGCAGAUUCUCAAUCUUUCCAAAACAGAUACAGUCUACGAACGAGACGCCAGUGGUCUUCAACCACUUCUCAAUACCGCUAUUGCGUCUCACAGGGUCGCUCUCCGUACAGUCGGCACUCAAAUACAUCCUCACCCAAGGCGACUCCCUCCUCAUGGCGCGCCUGACAUCCCUUACAGACCAGGGUGCGUUCACCCUCGCAUCCAACUACGGCGGCCUCGUCGCACGCAUGCUAUUUCAGCCCAUCGAAGAAAGCAGUCGAAACCUCUUCGCGAAACUAUGCACCGACACCGAGCCCGCCGCAGCCCCGCGCUUAGCUGAGCAAACCCAGAGCCUCACCAAAGCGUCCAAGAUUUUGAAAAUGAUUAUACGCAUCUACGUCCUCAUCUCGCUCUUCGCCGCCAUCCUUGGACCCAAAGUAGCACCGCAUCUACUCUUCAUAGUAGCAGGAAGUAAAUGGGCAAACACCUCGGCCUCGGAAGUCCUGGCAACGUACUGCCGUUACAUUCCCUUCCUCGCCAUCAACGGCGUGACAGAGGCCUUUGUCGCCGCAGUAGCUACCAACAAGGAGCUCUACACACAGUCUCUUUCCAUGGGCUUAUUCUUCGCGUGCUUCGCUGGCAGCGCCUGGUACUUUAUAUCGCACCUCGCAUGGGGUGCCAGCGGCGUAAUCGCUGCUAACAGUGUGAACAUGGGUCUACGCAUCGUCUUCAACGUGUGGUACAUCCAGCGAUUCUUCAAGCAGAGGGACGUUAGCUUCAGUGUGUUUGACUGCUUGCCUUCGAAUCCGGUCUUGCUGUCUGCGCAAUUCUAUUCAUGGGUGAUGCAGUACAGACCGAGACCAGAGUGGCUCAUGCAAUACGGUGUAUUUGGGGAGCUGGCGAGUCUAGGAGUUGUAGGCGCGUCUUGGGCGUUUGUUGUUCUCUUCUUUGAGGAGAAGUUUUUGAUGGAAUGUUUCAACACGCUGCGUCCAUCCUCAGAGAAGAAAGAUCAGUAG